AUGUCCCGCAACUGCCGCGGCCAGACUCGAGGCGAAGAUUUCUGCCUGCGUCCGGCGCUGCAGCUGCAAGUCAAAGGCCUCGUCAGCCAGGCCAUGAUCGAGCCAAUGCAUGGUAUGGAGCCAGCGGGGAGCCCGGAGGCUGAGGAGCAGGAGGAGGAGCUGAACUUCUCCAGCCCUCGCACGCCUUUCCUUGGUCGCAAGGUCCCUCUGCAGAGCACCUACAACGCCUUCUGCGUAGAUCGCGGGUCGCUCAUCGCCACCCCGCCGCCACCAAAGCGAAACAAGAGGAAUCGAUCUCAAGUUCCCUUGGGGGCAUUGCAGGCGAGCUCCGUUAUCAAGGCCCCGCCAGUGCAGCUGCCGCUUGACACCCAAGGCGGAGCUGGAGGUGAACCAAGCGGCCAUGGAGGUCUCUCGGAUGAGGCACGAAGAGAGAUCCUGCUCCGCAACAAGGUGAUGUACAUGGAGACACAUCCCGCAAGAAAGGAGAACGUAAAGGCCUUGCUCAAGCAAGGCUGGAAAGUGCCUCGAAAAACGGUCAUGAGAGACGACUUCACGACCUACGUGCACGGCAGGAGCGUCGAAAAGAGGCUUGGGGGAAGAAGCUACUUCCCCAUCGGCGAGAAGAAUUGGCACGCAUCCAGAUCCGAUGCUGCCUUCGAGAAGGGCGUGCAUAAGUGGCCGAGGCAGCCGCUGCACGGCGCCAUCAACAGCCCGCUUCAGAGAUGCCAGACGGCCCCAGGAAGUCUGAAGUCGAUGGGCACACCUUACGGCGAAGGCCCGUCAUGGCUUCUCGGCAAGCCGUGGCGAAGCUUGGAUGGAACCCUGCACGAAGUUGGCUGA